GAAGAGCUGUGAGAUUUUGGGGAAACCCUGGACCAUGCCUGCUGCUGUCACCUCCCAGAAGGAACGGCCCAAAAAACCGAAGUGCAAAACCAUUCACGAGGCCGUCAAAACUGGGAACGUCAAACAACUGGAUGAAAUGGUGACCUUCGGCGUCAGCAUCAAUGAGGUGGAUCCAGUCUAUAAGUUCACCCCUCUGCACUGGGCAGCCCAUUCUGGAAGUCUGGAGUGUCUUCACUGGCUUCUCUGGCAUGGAGCUGAUCAAACUGCGGUGACUAUCAGGGGCUGGACCGCAGCUCAUUUGGCCGCAAUUCGAGGCCAGGAUGCCUGUAUGCAGGCCCUUCAUCUCAACGCUGUGAAUCUAGGAGUCCCAGACGACCUAGGGUGUACUCCAGCACAUCUUGCAGCGACUCACGGACACUCAUUCACCUUACAAACCAUACUCCGGAGUGGAGUGGAUGUCAACGCUUCGGAUAAGAAUGACUGGAAACCUAUACACAAUGCUGCAUUCUACGGCCGGCUAGGUUGCCUCCAGCUUCUUGUCCGAUGGGGAGCUACAUUAGACGAUGCGGAUAAAGAUGGGAACCUUCCAGUUCACUUGGCGGCCAUGGAAGGCCACCUGCACUGCUUUAAAUAUUUGGUGAGCAAAAUGCCCACGUUGGUCCACUCCUUGAAAGUCCGGAAUGACCACGGUGAGACCCCACGGGAUCUGGCCGAAAGGUUCUACAAGGAAAACAUCCUGGUAUACGUGGACAGUCUGGAGGAGGAGGAAGAGUCAUUGGACGAGGAAGAAAAUUUAAGCUUUCCAGGGCAUGAUGCUGCCUUCAGAGGGGACCUGGACACCUUAAGAAUGCUCCUAGAAAAUAAAAUCAUCAGCAUUAAUGAACGAGAUGAUCGAGGAUCCACCCUCCUGCACAAAGCGGCUGGACAAGGUCAUUUGCACGUCUUAGAAUGGCUGAUUAACAGGGAAGCCGACUGCAAUAUUGCCAACGAUGCUGGGGAAACGCCCAAGGAUGUUGCAAAGAGGUUUGCCCAGCUGGCUGUUGUGGCGUAUCUGAAAAACAAGAUGGGAAAUGAUUCAGAUUUGGAAAUCGACAUAAAAGAUCCAACGUAUUUUGAAUAUCACGGUGUGGAAGGGAGCACAGACUGUAAAGGAGAUCUGAAGGAAAAAAAGCAAGAGAAAAUCGACGCUCGUGAAAGAGCUUACCAGAAAGUGGAAGAGUUGCAAGGUCUCCUAGAAACGGCCCUCAGCAACUUCAAGCAGCUGGGCGGCAUCGCUCCCCAGGAAAGGCAGGCCAAACUCGAUGAGAAAAGGCUAGAAAGGGUGAUCUCUGAGCUGAAUGUGCAGCUGGAAUAUGAACAGAUGCGACGGGAGAAGUUGGAAGCUCAACUGGACGAAGCCCGAGCAGAAAUAGGAAAACUCAGAGAGCUACAAGAAAAAAACGAGAUGUCUUCAACCCAUAAGCUCUGUGUGGAAUCACUGGAGUUCCUGAAAGAAGAACCUGACUCGGACGCAGCCACCUCCGAUUUGCCUAAAGUGAGUUUUGACACCAAGAAAGAGAAGAAAAUGAAGAAAAGGCCUCACUUCGGCCCCGGGGGUGUGAUUGUAAAAAGAUUCUAAGAAAAAGCAAGUAGUAAACAAGUAGUAAACAAAAGCAAGCAUUUUACUCCAAAGUAGAAUUAAGUUCAGUCGCCUUCCCGUACAAUCCUAAGCACGAAAGUAGGUUAACUAACAACGUCACCUCCUUAACUAGUCGAAGCACAUCUGUUUGUGCCACCAUAAAUAUAUUGCUUGGACAGAUGCCGAAUUUGAAGGGAAAAGGGUAACGUGUAAGUUGUCAGUAUGCAUGGGUCCACCUGUUGGAACUUAAGCGACAUCUAAAUUUGCACGGCUUUUGAUUUAAAGAGGCACUUGACGGGCCCCCGUAGCCUAAAUCUCCUUCCUCCUUCAAAUCCAGAUUAACCCUGACUUGUCGAUCGUCAGUUGUGUGCAACCUUUUUAAACGUGAAACAGCGCAGCCCUCAGAAUGAAAUUCUAGCAAUUUUGGGGAUCGUGGAUUUAACCCCUUUUGGGGUUCCUGAAAUUUGGAGAGGCCGCCUCCGAACCGGGUUGCCAGUAUGGAUCAGGGUUUUAAAAUGCGCCACUAAUUACGACACACCGGCUUGUUAUUAAAGACUAAUUUUUUUAAAAAAAGGAAAUAUAUGAUGUUUAUGUUGCCCCCUUAGCCAAGGCUCAGUGAAAUUUCUACUGUACGAUGAAGAUGCUAAUAAACUGAACAGUUUAAUAUGAGUGAUGCAUCUGUUUUUUUUUUUACAUCGGCAAGUCCAAGAGUUCCAGCCGAGAUGGUCAAAUUUUUCUUCUACAUGGUGAAACUUCUUUAAAAAAAAAAAGGGGGGGGGGAGGAAUGGCUCAGGCCAUGGUGGCUCAGGCUGUAAGAUAGCUGUUAUUAAAACACAGCUGCCUGCAAUUAUUGCAGGUUCUAGUCCCACCAGGCCCAAGGUUGACUCAGCCUUCCAUCCUUUAUAAGGUAGGUAAAAUGAGGACCCAGAUUGUUGGGGGGGGGCAAUAAGUUGACUUUGUAAUUAUACAAAUAGAAUGAGACUGUUGCCUUACACACUGUAAGCCACCCUGAGUCUUCGGAGAAGGGUGGGAUAUAAAUGUAAAUUAAAAAAAAAAAAGGGUUUACAAGAAUUCAAAGAAAUUGUUGAAGGCCAUCUUGGUGACAUUAGAUCUGUUGGUUUACUGUUGUGGCCUGUCGGUUGCCAGCCCCUCCAGCAGCCAAAUCAGAUGAGGCGGCAGCAAUUUAGGAGUCACGGUCAGCAUCAAAGCAACCUGAGAGCUCCAAGGGGGAAGAGGGAAUGGAGCUGGCAGAGAGAGAGAGAGAGAGAGACAGAUGUGGAGCCUGGGCUGUCCGUCAGCCCUCAGAUGGAGAGUCAACAGCCCCCAGAUCUGGAGAUGGCUGAUGAGGAAGAGGAGGAACAGCUGGGUCCAGUGCCUGAUGCGUGGAUGAGCAGAAGGCAGAGGAGAGGAGAACAGUGGAAAUCUAUUGGCCGGUCCUUGGGAUAGAAGAGCCACCGCUGCUAACGAAGCCACACCAGUGGUGGGAUUCAACCAGUUUGCAUCUAUUCGGGAGAACCGGUUGUUGGAAGAAAUCUUAUUUUGUUUUUUUUUCCACUUUCCAGGGCUAAUCCUGUAAGGAAGGCAGGAAGGAAACGUUCUGGUGUUGUUUCUAGCCUAAUCUUUAUUGCCAUGCUUACAGAAACAGCCUCUCUUUAACCUUUAUUACAUUGUAACAGCUGAGGUGAAGCACCCAUCGACGUGAAUGACAUUGAGUUGGCCACACCCACAUGGUCACAUGACCACCGAGCCAAGCCUACCCAGCUGGUCAUUAGGGCAGAGAACCGGUUGUUAGAUUAUUUGGCGACCCCCAGGGGGAGGGCCUUCUCUGUGGGGGCUCCUGCCCUUUGGAAAGAGUUGCCUCCGGGGUUGCGCCAACUCCCCGACCUCCGGUCUUUUAAACGCGAGCUCAAGACCUUUCUAUUCCACCGUGCGGGGCUAGCCUAAAUGAAAUUUUAAAUGGGGGUUUUAUGAUGGUUUUAUCUUAGUUUUAAUCUUAUUUGGCCAAAUUUUAGAAUCAGUUUUUUAAUAUGUUUUUAAUUUUUGUUUAUGUUUAUGCUGUUUUACUUUGGCUGUAAACCGCCCUGAGUCCUUCGGGAGAAGGGCGGUAUAAAAAUUGAAUAAAUAAAUAAAUAAAUAAAUAAAUAAAUUUGAAUCCCACCACUGAGCCACUCCCUAGUUCUGGGGAUAAAAGGCAGUAGGUGGAGAUGAAUACGUGUGGCAGACUUCACUGCCAGACGGACUUGUUAGCCUGCAGUGAGAGAAACGUUUUUCCAGGGCUGCUAGCGCUCCUAAUAAAGAGAAUAUUUAUUUAACUACAAAGGGUUUGUCGUGUUUGGGAGCCGGGUCAGAACAUUUACAAAGCGUAAAGAAGGGACUGAACAAUUAAGCAACUCUGGAAAUUUGCAGCCAAGUAGAAAAUCCAGAGGUGAACUCCAGGAGGCAGCAGAUACCUGAUAUUAAAAAAAGAGGCAUUCCCUUCCAAGAAUUUCAGUUUAUAAAAUUUAAAGCCACAAGAAUUAUUUCUGAAUAAAUACAGCUUCCUUGUGCUUUGGGGGCUUCUGUCCCAACCCACUUGCCUUCAACGUAUCGAAGUAAAAAAAAAAAUCAAUUAUUUCUCCAACAUCUGGAAAGCAGAAGGUAAAGAAGACAAGACCGUUUGAUAGAAGUACAAAACACAGCACGGCAAUUUUUUAAAACAAGAGCGUUCUCUCUGAUGCACGUAUUUGAGAGAACUGGGGAAUAAACCAGCUGGUGACGCGAACUUAAAUCUUCCCUUCGCAAAGGAAAACAUCUGGCAGCUUUAAGCACCCUGCGGUUUUUUUUUUUAAGACAACGCAAGAUAAAUUGCAGAAAAUACAGCUCUCGAAAGGCAGGUUUAUGUUUCCUGUGAAUUAAUGUGGCAUUUCUAUAAUAAUAAUAAUAAUAAUAAUAAUAAUAAUAAUAAUAAUAAUAAUAAUAAUAAUAAUAAUAAUAAUAAUAAUAAUAAUAAUAAUAAUAAUAAUAAUAAUAAACAACUUGUGUCACAACUACCAUCUGCCUGUAGCAAAGAACUGGUGGGAUCGUAAACCUGAAAAAGUGAUUGAAAAUGAGCAUGCAAAACUACUGUGGGAUUUCCGAAUAAAAACUGAUAAAGUUUUGGAACAUAAUACCCCGGAUAUCACGAUUGUGGAAAAGAAAAAAGUGUGGAUAGUCGACAUUGCUAUACCUGGUGACAGCAGAAUCGAUGAGAAACAACUUGAAAAAGUCACCAGAUAUCAAGAUUUGAGAAUCGAAUUGCAGAGACUCUGGCAUAAACCAGUGCAGGUGGUUCCAGUGGUACUCGGCACACUGGGAGCGGUGCCUAAAGACCUAGGCAAGCACUUAAAAGCAAUUGGCCCUGACAAGAUCACCAUUGGUCAGCUGCAGAAGGCCACCUUACUGGGAUCUGCUCGCAUAAUUCACCGAUACAUCACGCAGUCCUAAAUGCUUGGGAAGUGUUCGACUAGUGAUCUGUGAUACGAAAUCCAGCAUAGUUAUCUCGUUUGCUGUGUAUACUGUCAUUUUGUGUAAAUAAUAAUAAUAAUAACAACAACAACAACAACAACAACAACGAUGAUGAUAAAAAUCCUUCCUUCCUCUCAACUCACAUCAGAGCUUCUAAAACUCCGUCUUUUCAAUGUAGUAUCUCAAUAUUCUGGAUAAACAAAUUGGGAAACGUCUCUACAAUCUAGAGCAGAUUAAAUCGGAGACAAGGUGUAUAAAACACAGUAUCCCUAGUAAGGCUCCAUACUGUCCAGAUACCCACCAACCUCUUAACUAACUGGUGAUGGGCAUGUUGCCCUCCACAUGAUAUUGAAAACCAGCCCUUGUCAAUAGUUGUACGUCAGGGGCCCCCAACCCUCGGUCUGUGAACCAGCACUGGUCCGUGGCACCCCAGAAGCUGCCCAUCUGUGCAUGGACGGGAUGCAGGCAGCACGUGAAACCACGCCCCCCCACUGGUCCACGGAAAAACCUCUCUCCACGGAACUGGUCCUUGGUGCCCCAAAGUUUGGGGGCCACUGUUGUACGUAAUGUGGAUGCACCAUUUUAUGUAAACCACCCAUUGGUUUAACUCAGGGGUGUCAAACUCAAGGCCCGUGGCCCGCAUCCAGACCACGAUGUGGUCAAAUCCGGCCCAUCGAGCAAUCCUGGAAAAAUGUAAGGGGUGGCCCCAUGUCUAUCCGCAUGGCUUUGGCCCAGUCUAGUCGUGUGGCUUCAGCCAGGUCUACCCAAUGCAACAAGGAAACAUGCCAGCAGUUUGAGGAGUGGUGUCAAGUUGGCCACGCCCACACAGUGGGCCACACCCAAUGAGUGGCAUCAUGCUGGCCACACCUACCAAGCUGGCCAUGCCUGCCCAGCGCCCCCAAGGUCAACCACAACCCUGAUGCGGCCCUCAAUGAAAGUUGAGUUUGAUAUCCCUGGUUUAACUAAUCCAAUUCUAUCGUUCAAACCUAACCUCCCGUGUGGCUUAUGUACCGUUGGGAGAAAGGUGUUUCAAAAAUACAAUCGAUUUUCUUUUGACACACCCUUCCCGCUACGAUGGAGCCAUAACUUUGCAGCUUUUCUGCAUGGGGGGCGGGGGGGGGGGGUUUAACCUCCUGCAUGGUCAAGGCAUCCAUUUCAAGCCCAGCUCAUUGUUUUUGGAAUGUGUCAAUGGCUACCUGGAAAUUUAGCGCCGUCCUCGAGUUGGCAAAAAGUUCUGAAAAAUCAGACUGCCAGCUGCUGUAGUCUAUAAACCAGCGGUUCUCAACCUGUGGGUCGCGACCCCGUUGGGGGUCGAAUGACGAUUUGCCAGGGGUUGCCUAAGACCAUCGGAAAUAUGGGAACUAUACUUGCGAGUCGAAGAAUCGCGCUCCAAUGGUUGACUCCACGAGCCAGCUGCAGGCUCUUCAAAUCGCUAGCCGAAUUCGGCUUCAGGCGCGAUGAAUUAAAAAAGAGAGAAAUCUUUGCUCUGAUGUCUCCCUCUCAAGCCAGCUGCAAUCACUCCCAAUCGCUAGCCUAAUCUGGCUUCAGGCGCGAUAAACUUAAUAGGGGAGGAGUCUCCACUUUAAUGCCUCCGUCCUCAAGGCAAUCGCAAGCAGUUCAGAUCGCUAGCCAAUACGCCUUCAGGCACGAUAAAUUCAAAAUGAAAAUAAUUUUACGGUUGGGGUUGCCACAUCGUGGGGAAUUGUAUUAAAGGGGUCGCAGCACUAUAAAUGUUGAGAACCACUGCUAUAAACCAUAGAUUUAUGGUUUCAUGUAUUGCGUACCCUUUUUCCCUGAAAAUAAGACUCAACCGGAAAAUAAGUCCUAGCGUGAUUUUUCAGGAUGCUUGUAAGCCCUACCCCCAAAAUAAGCCCCCGUUAAAAUUGUCAGCCAGAUGGGUACAUUUAGUACCGUAUUUCCCCCAAAAUAAGACUUAACCAGAAAAUAAGCCUUAAAUGCAUCUUUUGGAGCAAAAAUUGAUAUAAGGCCUGGUCUUAUUUUCAGGGAAACAUGGUAAUAGCAAUAGCACUGAGACUUGUAUACUGCUUCACAGUGCUUUCCAGCCCUCUCCAAGCAGGUUUACAGAGUCAGCCUAUUUCCCACCCCCCAAACAAUCUGGCUCCUCAUUUUACCGACCUCGGAAGGAUGGAAGGCUGAGUCAACCGGUGAGAAUUGAACUUGCAGUGGGCAGAAUCAGCUUGCAAUACCACAUUCUAACCACUGUGCCACCACGGCUCAAGACUCAUUUGAUAAGAUACGGCUAACAAGAGCCAGAGUAACCUGUUCAGUUUGUAAGCGAGUCAUGUGGAUUUACCGGCAGGUGUUUUGACUUCCCCGAACCAGCCAAUUGGCUAAAGUGAAUCCAAUCCUUGAUAAGAGAAUAAUAAUCCAGUAAGAGAUUCGCAGAUUAACAAAUGCACUCAGUAGCAACUUCUACCGGAUGACCACAAAAGAAAAUUCAAAGAAGUUGUCUCAAAUCAGUCUGAAAUCGUUCUGGCAUUCCUUCUUCCAUAAUUACGAACAGCCCUAAGCUAAAUUUUAAAAGGCACCUUGUUUUAUUUUGUGCUUACCUGAA